ACUCGUUUUAUCAAUGAAAUCAGUAACUGACAUCACAGCAAUUGGCAUAUGUGCGGUCAAUCACGCGUUUGUAAAUCCGAGCCGAGUCUGAUCCUUUAUAAUGCGGCGGGCAACAGGCUGUAUCGGACACAGUUGUGAUAAAGGUACACGGGACGGGUUAGAGACAUCCCAAUAGUUAGUAUGGAUCGUCAGAUGAAUGGCGAACUCGGGGUGGCCUCUCUCUCGAAAGAGCUGGCGGAUAUCUUUUUGGAUGAAUCUGAUAAUGACUGCGAAGAAACAUUCCUCGGUUUUUCGGACGGCGAUUUGGGCGACCUGAAUAUUGAGACUUCUGACAGUGAUGAUGAGUGUGUCAGAGCUGCCCCUUCUGACCCCGACCCCAAUCCUCCACGUCGCUUUGUCCUCAGGGUUGCUCUGCGUCCACGGGCUUUCCUGCCGAGCAGCGAGGAGGAGGAGGAAAAGGAAGAGGAAGAAAAAGAAAAAGAAGACAAGCUGCCCAUCUUCGCCACUCCCCAUGCGAGCUCCAGCUCGGAAGAUGAGUCCCACCUCACGUUCCUGGAGAAGCGAGCCAUGAACGUCCAAGCUAACAAGGCCAUGCUCGCCCAGUUGAUGGCCGACUUGAACAACAUGCCUGGGUCCUUCCUGAAGUCGGGCUGUCCCGUGGAGAAAGGGCCUCGCGCUAAGUCGAAACGUGCUCCCCGAUCCUCGCUUUCACGGGAAGGGGUGGAGCGGAGGAACCCCGAAAGGGCUUCUCGCAGGCAGACGCGCUCCAUGGGGGGCGUGACCCGCUCCCCUCCCCUGAGCGAGACCCUCGAGCUGCAGCAGAGCCUGGGGGAGCAGCUGCUGGAGGUGACUGUCCGGCGGGGGGCAGCGGGUCACAGGGAGGGGUGCCCACCUAGAGCAGGGGCAGUUGGUCCCGUUCCAGUCCGCUGCAUUUCUUCGAGCUGUAUUGAAAUCGCUGGCCCUUCAUUAUUUAACGGACUGUGCUGUUGGAGAUCCCAAAGACGAGUAGGCAAGUCUUCAUUCCAGUGUGUAAGCUAAACCUAAUGAAUUGGCAAAUCUUGGAGAUGAAGUGAUUUUUAAAAUCUCUUGUGAAUGUGUACUUCUCUGAUAAAUGACCUGUACCAACAGCUGUUCCUAUUUUGAUGGGAUCCUCUCGGUGCAGGAUUUUUUUACUAUUUCUUUAUUGCUUAAUGGAUACACUCAUCCAGGGUCCCUUACAAUCCAGACAAUCAGUACUUACUUGAUUCCUAAUGGAGGAAAGAUCAUACAUCGACAAAUUACAACACUAUCCUCAUACAAAACUUGCAAGUACCUAGCAGUGAGGUGAUUUUGAAAAGGAAAUUCAGAGCUGGGCUCCCCAUUCUUGGCCAUGGUGGGCUGGGGUCUUUAGAGUUCUCAGUUCCAGCUGAGCAUUUGAUGACUUAUAUUGUUGUUUAACUGGUCCAAUUGCUCCUUGAAUAUUUUCCAGGUCGGUAGGGGCUCCUUCUCUAAAGGGAGGGGUAAGCGAUGGUGGGUAGAGGAUGAAACUGUACAAGCAGUGUUGCAGAUUCCAAGUAUUGGGCAGCUGUAGGGCAGUUAUUUGGAGAUGCCUGAAAAUGGGGUAGCAGCAGCAGCAGUGCAUAUAAAGAUGUGAUCUGAUCACACCUGUGAUUGGCAGAGCUGGCUUGGGGGGUGUGGGGGCUGCACAGUUCUGAUUUCUUUAGGCAGGGCACCAGCAAGGGGGCAAGACUGGAGCAGGACUGGCCCAACAAGCUGAUCCAGUGUUUCACCCUGCUGCCCUAAUACAGGGGUCCCUGGUCCUGGAGGGUCCAACUCCCCUGCUGGGUUUAACUCCAGGCCAGAUUAAUUCAGCUCAACCAUUUGGAACAGUUGCUUGUGCUGUAGUUAAAAGGGCAGCUUCCAACAUUUUUU